AUGCCCCCUCCUGCCGUUCAAUAUAGCAUCAAAUCGUUGGUGUCAUUGGCUCGGAAGAGGAUUCGUAAGGUCCAAGAUGCAUUGGAACAGGCUGGAACCAUCAUUGAAAAUGGUUUAGGCCGCGUGGGUUCGCAACCUGCCCUUGCGAGAGUUCCGGUUAGGGUUGGACAAAGACCACAACUGGCGGCCCAACGGUUACGCUCUCGAUUGAAUGCUCAACAAAGAUGUCAUUAUUCUACCACUGCCGGAUAUUCUGGAUUCCAAGGCUCGAUAUUCGGGAACCUUGUGAAAUAUAUCUUGAAAUCAUCUGUAAAGUUUUCCUUGAAAGGACCAACCGGGAAAUUUGCCUCAAAGUCACCAUUUACCAGAGAAUUUGUUAGAACUGCCUUCAAUAGUGGGCAGUACGGAAAUCUGUUUGCGGGAAUGAGGCAUGGUAGAAGAUUCCCAAGCAGUUUGUACGGGAACUUCAACCGCCACAACGCCCGUCAUUUUUCCAAUUAUUCACACAUGGUUACUAGAGACAUUGUACAAAACAUGACCAUCAGCACCAGAGCGUUUUUUACCAAUGGAUCGGAUAAAGUAAUUGCUAACAAGCUAACCAGGGGAUCUACAAAAGGAUCGAUCCAGCAAAACUUUGUGCCUUGUGCUGCUACCGCCAGUAAAAAUGUUGAUAAUGUUUUGGGGUUGAUUCGUGAUGAAUCCCGGGGUCUCGCCAGUUGUUUAGUGGAAUUCCAAAUUUCUUUGCCGCAAUUCACCACCCCAGCAAUGAAUUUCUUGGAUGAAGAAUAUCUUAGUGUUUUCUCCAACGAUGUUUGUGAAUAUCAACAAGAGAUUUCCAUUGUCAACCGGGAAAUCAAAGCGAUUUUUGAUCAUUAUGGAUGCUUGCCAAUCGGUAUUGAAAAGCUCGAUGACAAACAGGUCGUGGUGAUUCGAAUCCAUUUUGCCAACCAAGAUGCCCAGAUGGUGGAGCAACUCUUGAAAGAUGCCCAGGUAUCCCGAGGGGUUGUGUAUGAAACCACGGAGAUUUUUCUGAACAACGAUAGGAGAGACAGUGCUACUAGUGAUGAAUUUGUGUCGUGUUUUGCCUCAUUCAAGAGUGAUGAAGCUGCCAGACCUCCGAGCGUGCCAUACUCUUUUGAUAGUGAUUCAAUCUCCAGUGACCUGUUGCUGCUGUCGGAGUAUGAAGAAUUGUUUUACCCGAUCUUGUCGUCAUCUUCUUCAGACGCCAAUGGGUUGGAGAGGUCCCGUGGGUCAUUCCAAGUAAUUAGAAAUGCGGUAAUUACUUGA